AGGACAAGGAAACAAAUGGCGUGAGGGUUAAAAAGCAAAUGCUCACUGUUGUAUCGUUCCAUGCACCCAACAAGCACCGCGUCGACUGUGACAGUACGCAUGGCGCGUUUUAAACAAAGUUAAACUUGCGUUCGCUUGCACAUUGUCCAUAUGCAUUUACUGCAAGUGAGAGAUGUACCUGGGAAAUAGUGAAUCGGGUUAAGUGGAUGUGAAUGUAUACCGACUGGGGGUUGGGUGUGCUGUGCCGAUUGGUCGCUCUCACCAGCACACACACACACACACACACACAGGCAGUCAGUCAGGGCUUGUUUUAACACACACAUACAACCAGGGGCACUCGGCAAGCGGGGCAAACAAUCAUGUAUUUCAAUAGAAAUCGUGGCCGCUGAAAAACGUGCUUUCGAUGUAUUGACGUGGUGCUUCGGGGGAAAGUGACAGGCGCUCAGUUUCAUUCUCGUUUAUUUAUUAAUCUCCAUUUUUGAUGUUGGAGAGAGAAAUGAGUGCCGAGGCCGGGCCUACUGGUGCAAAUGCUGCUGGGAUUUUGCAGAUCCGCUUUCACAAAUUGACCAAAAGUAACGCUACAUGCUCGAAUUUGAAGGGCUUUCCGGUGGUUUUGUCGUGACCGAGUCGUGAAUGGAUGGAGCCAUGACAACAUGAAUCAGUCCUACAAAGUGGCUGGCAGGGAUGGCUCGGAGUGUCGUGGCAAUCCACAGGAGUCCAAGGCACUUGAUAGCCGCAUCAGCUCCUGUGGACACCAGAGCACAAAGCGACAGGGGGACCAGGGGUCUGCCAUGCAUUUCUUGAACUCUGGCUACAAACUCUCCGCAUCGUCGUUCGCGUACAAUCAGAGAGAAUCCACCUCCAACUACAGCCCGCUGAGGAGACUUCAGGACCUGACCACUAUGGUGAACCAUGCGGACAUGAGUUUGCAGGACAAGGACUUUCACGGGCGAAAUAAAUUGCUCAUGCACAACCCCAUUGGCGGCAGUGAAUUCGGAAUAGGCCUUUACCACACGUCCAAUUCGCAAGGAAACACAGACAGGACUACUAUUCAGGAUCUGGACAAAAAUGGUUUCUCACCAGUAAGCUCUGAUAGCUUGGAACACUUUCCAUCCAUCCCAAAUGGAUUUUUGCAUUUCGAGUCAACACUGUUUGACAGCGGGGACAGCAAGGAUAAUGACGAGGAUGUGGAUGGUGGGGGAGAAGCGGUGGCACCGUUUAAAGACGCGUCAAAGAAAUGCCAGAAACGAAAUCUGGCAAAUACAAAGUCUCAGAGCAGCCACAGGCUGGACCUAAGUACAAACAAACAUGGAAGUUGUAACCUUGUUGCUAAAAAUACAGUGAAGUCUGACCCUCCUGCUAGUCCCUCGCAUUUGCCUGUUGAGGUCAUGAUGGAGGAUUUUGAUAGUAUGGAUGAUUAUUCAGACAGUGACUGCGAUCUGCCCAGCACUGGGAAAAGCGCUUCAAUAUUCAACUCUGGUCUCUCUAAAAGACCAAAUUCACCUAGUGACUCCCAUUCAAAUCCUUCCAACAGCCCAAAGAAGAAGCAGCUUCCAGGUGUAAAGUACUCUGUUGGAGAUGUUGUAUGGGCCAAAUUCAACCGCAGACCCUGGUGGCCCUGUCAUGUAACCACUGACCCACAGAUUGAAGUCCACACCAAAAUGAAAGAUCCCAGUCGUCGGCCAUGCCGCCUCUAUUUUGUCAGGAUGUUUGGGGAGAUCAUAGAUCAAGCUUGGGUCCCGGCAAAAUCCACUUUUCCUUUUGAAGGAGGUCAUCAGUUUGAAAAACUCCCUGUUCUGAGACGGAGAGGAAGACAGAAGGACAAAGAUUACAAAUACACGGUUCCUAAGCGUCUAAUGCCAUCAUGGAAAGCUGGUGUCUUGGAGGCAGAGGCAGCAUUAACUAAAUGGUUAAAUAGUGAACCUCCAUUGUCUUUAAUUCCUGAUGUGCACAUGCCUAUUACAGAAGACAAGGCACCGAAAAGUCCCACUUGUCCGACGCCUAAUACACAGUCCACAUCAUCAAGCUCACUUUUGUCCAAUGGACUAGAUGCGUCCAUUAAGAACAGAGGAAAACCUAGCACUGGAAGCAAAAAGAAGGCAACUAAAAAGAAUAGCUCAACUGUAAAAUGUCCUGUAAAACUAAAUGAGAGCUCUUUAUCAUCUAAAUCAAAAUCCAACCCUUCAUCACACAGCUACAAACCUUCCACAGCUGCUGAAUGGCACAAAUCAGACCACCUAGAUAGUCCGUAUUCAGAUAUUGACUCGGUCCCAAGGAUUCUGUGCCCCAAACGUUCAGAGGAAUUGCUGCAGGUAGAGGUGGCAAAAGAAUCAAGCACUAAGCCUAAGAAAAUACAGCCAAGUAAAAAGACGAAAAAAGCCAUUGCGAACAAGCCGGUGAAAAAAACAGAGUCUAGUUUAAAAUGCACAACAAACAGUAAGCUAAAGAAGUCAAUGCCCAAAGAAAAAACACUUAGGGCUACGAACUCCAGACAGAAGGAAAGCAGUUCCCCAGGGUCGUCAGAUGGGUCUUUCGCCAUGCACUCUUUCUAUUUUCCUGCCAGCAGUGGCUUAAUGUCAAGAGCACUUGCCGCCAGAGAAGAAACCAAGGAGGAAGACAUAAGUCAGGAGCCAAAGUCUCGCUCACCGUGUGCUGGCGGUGAAUGCUCAGAGAUUAACAAGUGCUCAUCCCCCAUUGACCGUUCUGAGUUGUUAAAACAACAAUGGGAGGUAAAAACAGAGGCCAGUGAAGAGUCCACAGAUGCCUCCAUCUCCAACACACCCCCAAACCCAACUCUUAUUAAGUUUACUAGAAUCCGAAAUGAGAAAAAUGGCAUUCAUAAUGGACCUCGACAUAAAGGACCUAAGUCAGAGGUGACUGAAUUCUCCCUUAAUAUCAAAAACGAGAGCAUGAUCUCGGACACAUCGUCUUCGUCCGUCCCUUCUCCCUCUGUCUCUCCCAUGGAUGCUUUACAGGAUAUGAAGGAGCUUUCUUUCAGGUCUCUUGUCAAAGAGGAAUGCAGUUCAGGAGAACCUUCGCUCCGUGCGGAUUCAAACUACAAAUUCAGCACUUUCCUAAUGCUCCUGAAGGACCUGCACGAUAGCCGGGAGCAGGAAGGGAAACCUUUAACCCUCCCUCCCACAUCUCCAUCCUCUCUCAUCAGGGAAGAACCUUCUCUCAUCCCAGCUGGAGAAGAUGUAACGAAUGAGGUGCUUUGUGAAAAGGACUGGAAGGCGAUUGCGGAUCAGAACAGUCAGCAGGGAAAGACGUCAACGCCGAACAGCUCAAAACAGAGCAAGGCCAAGCCAAAAUCGGCGGCGAAAAAGGAGAUGAAAAAACACGAUGAUGGGAACAGUGUAGUCUCUCCAAUAAAGAAGCAGAACUCAACGGUAGGUUUGGAUGUACUUGAAAAGGGUUUGCCUCUGUUAGGGGAACUUUCCAACUCUCACCAGGAUGCUGUUCCUGACGUCUGUGGCAAGGGCUCCAUCUCCAAGUUUGCUCCUAAAAAGCGAUGGCAAACAUUUGGCACCAAGGCAAAAAGCGAUUCGGUUGGUUUGAAUCAAGAUGUAGUGAAGGUGUCCACAGAGCUAAAUGGAGUCUUCAAAGACAGUCUUCAAGAAACUGCUCAUUCUGACAGCCCUGAUAAAAAAGAUGCUUCAGAAAACAAAAGACUCAGAAAACCAAGCAAGAGGCUGAUUGAAUGGAGUGAAGAAUAUGAGCAAAUAUUUUCCACAAAGAAGAAAACAAAGAAAACCCCUGAAUCCUGUAAAACGGGAUCUUGGAUCACCAACACUAAUGCUGCACAGCCGACAUCAGAACAGAUCGAACCUGAAGUUUUAAGCUCUUCACCUGAAAAACCCUCUGAGCAGGCCACACCAGAUGAGCAGAAACAACAACCAGAAGGUCUUGCCCCACCUUCACCAUUACCGCCAUCCUGUGGAGGCACAUCGUUGGACAGAGAGUCGUGUGAGAAGAAAUCUGCAUCCUCAGAUAGAAAGAGACCACGUAAGCCUGUACAUAAAAUUGUAGACAGCACCUCUGAGGGGGAUUCUGUGAAGGUCCCAAAGAAAGAGGAGAGUAAACAACACGAUAACAGCCAAGAUGACUCAGGUGUCAAAGAUUUGCAGAAACAAGAAGAGCCUGGACCUACACCAUCAAGCCCUUGUGCUGUAUCAGCGGCAGCACAAAGUGAGGAUGAGACAAGAACAUCAUCCCCAAUCCAGCAGGACACACCCAGCGUCUGCCAGAACCAGCUUGAAGGAGAGCAGUGUAGCCCGUCAAAGCCUCAGGCGAAGGAGCCACACACAGAUGGCGAGGACUCCCUGAUCUCUGAGGUUUCUGGUGCAGGACUCAAUGACAGUGCUUUUUCAAGCAGAGAUUCUUUAUCAGGUGACUUCUCAGGACUCUUGACCAAUAGAAAAUCAGGAGAGAGAGGCGGAGGUGCAUCGUUGAAGGAGAAUGUUUGCCAGGUAUGUGAGAAGACAGGUGAACUGCUCCUCUGUGAGGGGCAGUGCUGUGGUGCUUUCCAUCUGCAGUGCAUUGGCCUCACUGAGACGCCUAAAGGCCGGUUUAUCUGCCAAGAGUGUAAGACAGGUGUGCACACAUGUUUUGUGUGUAAAAAGCCUGACAAGGAGGUCAAAAGGUGUAUGAUCCCUGUGUGUGGGAAGUUUUAUCACAUGGAUUGCAUACUGAAACAUUCCCCCACCAUCGCUCAGAACCGCGGCUUCCGCUGCUCCCUCCACGUCUGUCUGUCCUGCUACAUCACCAACCCCGCCAAUCCUGGUAUCUCCAAAGGCCGUUUGACCCGCUGUGUGCGCUGCCCUGUGGCUUACCAUGCCAGUGACUACUGUAUGGCUGCCGGCAGCGUUCCAUUGGCCAAUAACAGCUUCCUGUGCCCCAAUCACUUCACUCCACGCAAAGGGUGCAAAAACCAUGAACACAUUAACGUCAGCUGGUGUUUCGUGUGUUCUGAAGGAGGAAGUCUGCUCUGCUGUGAAUCUUGCCCUGCUGCCUUUCACCGUGAGUGUCUGAAAAUUGAGAUGCCCCAGGGAAGCUGGUUCUGUAACGACUGUCGAGCAGGAAAGAAGCCCCAUUACAAGGACAUUCUUUGGGUGAAAGUGGGCCGCUACAGGUGGUGGCCCGCUGAAGUGACUCAACCGAAAAAUGUUCCUGAUAACAUCUACCGUAUAAGGCAUGAGGUGGGGGAGUUUCCUGUACACUUCUUUGGCUCCAAAGACUAUGUGUGGACGUAUCAGGCUCGCUGUUUUCCCUACAUGGAAGGGGAUGCCAACAAUAAGGACAAAAUGGGAAAGGGUACAGAUGCCAUCUAUAAGAAAGCUUUAAAUGAAGCGGCCGAAAGAUUCAGGGAACUGCAGGCGGAAAAAGAGAUGAGACAGCUUCAAGAAGACAGGAAAAACGACAAGAAACCUCCUCCGUACAAACACAUUAAGGUGAACAGACCAAUAGGGAAGGUGCAAAUAAUCACGGCAGAUCUGUCUGAGAUACCGCGCUGCAACUGCAAAAAGACAGACGAGAACCCGUGCGGCAUUGACUCGGAGUGCAUCAAUCGCAUGCUGUUGUACGAGUGUCAUCCUCAAGUGUGUCCAGCAGGGGAGAAUUGUCAGAACCAGUGCUUCACCAAACGGCAGUACACCGAGGUGGAGAUCUUCAGGACACUGUCACGUGGGUGGGGUUUACGUGGUGUGUCUGACAUCAAGAAGGGAGCUUUUGUGAAUGAGUAUGUUGGAGAGGUCAUUGACGAAGAGGAGUGUCGAGCCAGGAUCAAACACGCACAGGAUAACGACAUCUGUAACUUCUACAUGCUCACACUGGAUAAGGAUCGCAUCAUAGAUGCCGGGCCGAAAGGAAACCAAGCGCGUUUUAUGAACCACAGCUGCCAGCCAAAUUGUGAGACACAGAAGUGGACGGUGAAUGGAGACACCAGGGUCGGAUUGUUUGCGUUAGAGGACAUUCCUAGAGGUGUUGAACUCACUUUCAACUAUAAUUUGGAGUGUCUGGGUAACGGAAAGACGGUGUGUAAAUGUGGGGCAUCCAACUGCAGCGGAUUCCUUGGUGUCAGACCGAAGAAUCAGCCCACAUCUGAUGACAAGGCACGGAAACUGAAAAAGAAGGUUGCUGCGAAGCGCAAGAGUCAGUUGGAGGUCACCAAGGAGCGAGAGGAUGAUUGUUUCUACUGUGGUGAUGGAGGGCAGAUUGUGUCUUGUAAGAAGCCCGGUUGCCCUAAGGUCUAUCAUGCCGACUGUUUGAAUCUGUCCAAGAGACCUGCAGGCCGUUGGGAGUGUCCGUGGCAUCAGUGCAACGAGUGUGGGAGGGAGGCGGCGUCCUACUGCGAGAUGUGUCCCAACUCCUAUUGCAAACAGCACCGCGAGGGAAUGCUGUUCAUAUCCAAACUGGACGGCAAGCUGUCCUGCAGCGACCACGACCCGUGUAGCCCCAAUCCUCUGGAACCGGGCGAGAUUCGGGAGUACAGGGAGACACCCCAGUCUGCCAUACUGCCUGCUGCUCCGCUCUUCAUUCCUGCCCCUAACAGACCCGCUUUCCAAGCCCAAAGAGACCCAUACGCAGACGAGGUGGUGGACAAUGUGGUUUUGCCACCCUCUUCCCCUUCUCCUUCUAAAGACAUCAAGGAGGAAGAUAUGAGCGAUGAAGGCGAGGUGGUGGAAGGAGUGAUCGUGGAUGAGGGAGAGCAUGUAGACCUUGAGGUUGUGGAGGAUGAUGAUGAUGAUGAUGAUGAUGAUGAUGUUGAAGAAAUGGACGACUGGGCAGAUGAAUAUGCAGAUGAUGAAUUUGAAGGCAAUGAGGACUUAGGGGAAGUGGAGGGGGAUGACCAGGAAUCAUCAUGGGAUGAGUCUGUUGAAGGAGAAAAGUGAGCUCUCCUACAUUCAUGCUAGACAUCCAUCUCAUGCACACACAAACUCUCUCUCUGAUGAGGAUGGCGGACACAGUGGGUGACCUGCAGGGAAAGUCAGCUGCUGUUUUUCCAGUCGGUGCCCAGCUGAAUGCAAAGCAACUUUUGAGAAAGAUGGACAUGUGCAUCAUUCUUAAGCCUUCUUAACCCAAGUCCUCUUGGAAAAGUCCAUAAAGAGGGUUGAACCUGGUGCUGUGGGACUGUGACUUCUCAGUCCUUUUGUUGGUAUAUAAUUAGUGUCUGGUGCUCUUUUGUGCAUUUUUUUUUUUUUUUUUUUUAUUUUCCUCUUUGACUUGUUUACAUUCUCUGAUCUACACAUAAGGAUGACCUCAUGGGGGCUUGAAAUGGGGCACUACAAACCAUACUGUGUUGCGUACGAAAUCUGCCAUGCAUAGAUUUUGAUUACACUUCAUUGACCAACCAAUUUGGUUUUUUUAAGAACAUGUCUGAUCAUUUCUAACAAAAAAAGAAAGCGCAGACCCCCAAAGCAGCAGACCCUUUACCAUGUGAUUACAAUGACAUAGCUACAUCAUCAGGCCCAAAUACGGCUUUACGCUCCACGGGUCACGGUGCUUGAAAUGUCUGUCUGUUAGUGUAGCCUAGUGGCUAAAUGAGAAUGAAUAAUAGGAGUCCUAGUAAAUCUUUUCAGCUGAUUUGUGAAUAAUAAAAAAAGAGUGCUACUGUCAAAAAAGGACAAGGAAGUGUGACAUACCCAGCAUCAACCUGCGUGAUUUCAGUCAUGCACUUUGUGUUGCAUUUGUGUUUUUGUGAAACCUUUCAUUUCACUUCACUUCUCAGAAAAUUGUCAAAACUAAAGAAACUUUUAGUUUUAAGUUUUAGUCUAGAGGAGUGAUUGCAUCACCUUUCGUUCUCCAUGCUUGUGGCCUUUGAGUCUUGAUGCUUUUAGGAAAGAUGAGUUUGUACUUAGAUAAGAUGGAUGUUACACAAGGCCUAUCUCUACUUCCCUUAGUUGCUUCAGUUCAACCACCAUCUCAAAAUACUGGUCCAAAAUCUUCAGAUGCCUCGUUCAUUAUCCAUUCAGAAUGUCAGAGAAAUUUAGUCUUGUUUGUAUGUGUCUAUGAGCAGGUAAACUUUAAAAGGUGCCUCUGAAUGUUUUGCACUCUUUCAGAGAUCGGGAGAAAUCUCAAAACGUCACUUAUAUACAUGAAACCCGUAACUUUUUUAUUUUUUGCCGUUUAAUAUUUCCAAGCUAAAAACUCAUUCAACAAACUGGCUGAUGAAACUUAUUAUGUAAGUUCAUUGCGGCUGCUUGGUCACCCUCUAUUCAGAUUGAAGCGAUCAUAAUAUGCAAUAAUGUUUGAGGGAUGCAGAUGACCCCUUAAAAAUGCAUAUUUUGACAAAUAAAUGCUGUCUUUCCCCAAAUUAUUUUUUAUUUGUAAUAAAAAAUAUCAUACUAGAACCCAUUUUUGUUUCUAGUAGUCAUAUUAUGGUUUAACUUUUGUAACCAUACCAAUUUGGAUUAUAAAUAUUGAAAUUUCUCUCACCAUCACUUUAUUGUCAAAUUAUAAAAGCACCUUUUGUUUGCAAUAUCAUUGUGCACCAGGUACAAUCCCUGAUUGAAAAACUGCCUCAUAAAAUGAAGUAAUGUUUGUAUUAACAGAAUAUGUUUGAAAAAGGAGUUAUGUUCCAUCACUCAUAUUGGUUUAUGUUUCAAUGCCUUUAGGCCUUUCACUCAUUAUUUCUGGUUCUAUAGCUCUUUUUGCAACCUAAUCAUGCAGAUGCUUUUUAAAAAAGUUUUUUUUUCUUCUUCUUUAUCUUCAUCAUCAUCAUCAUUGACCAUUGUACUUCUGUUUUCUUAGCUCUGUGUAACUUUCAAAGUCAUGUUUAUUGUCUUUCUCUAUUUAUGGACUUUGUAUAAUCUUUUUCACACAUUUUUGUGUUCCUUGUUUCUUGUAUGUUUGCUAAAUCUGCUGCUGUGUUUCAGCGCUCCCUUGAUACCAUGAAGAGGACAAAAUGCAGAUGACAGUUUCCUGAGGACAUUUGGGCAAAAAGAUUGCUGCCAUGUUAGAGACCCAUGAUUUUGUACUGUACCUUGUGCAUAAUAAAUAUUAUAAGUAAAAUUUUACAAUAGA